UGUCAUGUUGCUUGGUGCCGGUCAAAAUGGCGGCGCCCUUGUGGAGGCAGGCGAGGCAGGGCUUGCAGGCCUUUGCAGGAAAACUUGACCACCUUUCCUGGAUCCUUUGUUCAAGGCAGGGUUUUCACACCACCGCUAUUUGUCAUAAGAACCAAGCUGCUCGGGUUCGUGUUGGAAAAGGGAACAAGCCUGUGACCUAUGAGGAAGCUCAUCCACCCCAUUACAUUGCUCAUCGUAAGGGAUGGCUUUCUCUACACACAAGUCAUCUGGACGGUGAAAGUGGAGCUGCUGAGCGCACCGUAGAGGAUGUCUUCAUUCGCAGGUUCAUUUAUGGCACCUUCCAUGGCUGUCUAGCCAAUGAGAUUGUCCUGAAGCGCCGUGCCAAUACUUUGAUAAUCUGUGUCGUCUUUCUGCAGAAGCUGCCGCCCCCCAAGUUCUAUUUCCUGAUUGGUUACACAGAGGUGCUGCUCUCCUUCCUGUACAAGUGCCCUGUCAAGAUGGAAGUGCAGACAGUCCCUGAAAAGGUUGUCUAUAAAUACAUCUAAUCCUGGCUGGGUGCAGCUUCCGGGGGUCCCCAAGCCAAGGCUGAAUUGCACUUCUCACUUAGCUCACAUUUGGGCAAAAGUUGCUUCCCAGACAGUGAUUCUCAUAGAUCAGUCAACAGUGCCUGGGGGAGUUGUUGAAUACUCUGGAGUUCCAGGUUGGAGGAUGUGAACUGAAAGGACUUAUCUCUUGGCUUGGAAUUGAGGAAGUGGGUGGAUGCUGGUGCAGUACAAACAAGGGGGUAUUGCUGUUCCUAUGUAUGGCUGUUCAUAAAUCAGUGUCUUCAGAGCGUGCAGAAUGUAUGACUGCACAGCAAGGCAAGUAAAGCUAUUGAAAACUCUUUUCGCUUAACCCUCGGUAAGUUGCUACAGGCAAAGGAGUUUGAAGUAUUUAUGUUGCCACAGGAGUCUCAGGACUUACAUAGGCUAGUUCAGUGCAUCUUCCCUCCGCGCCCCCCGCCCACCAUGCUGAAACUUUUGUUGGAUAGUCCUGCAUGUUGCAGUUCAAAAGGCAUUGAUGAAAUGUCUGCUGGGCUGCUGUUCUCUUUCCCUCACCCUCCCACUGGAGCGCAAGCUGUCACUUUCACUUAGUUGAGCUGAGCUGAGGACUAGUUGCUGGAAGCAAAACUUUCCAAGCUGAGGAAGGUUAACAUAACACGAGGGGGAAGGAAUUGGCCAUCAUUGCCAGUAAUCAUCACAGACCGUCAGGAGCAGUUUUGGACACUUAUGUAACUACAUUCCAGGCAUUUAAUCAAAUCAGAGUAGUUCUGCUGCAGAGAGAAACAAAUGCAUUUUCCCCAAUGUAGGUACAUUGCAGUUUAGCAUGUUGAGGAAACGUAAAUUCUGUGGGUUAUGUGCCAGAAGAUCACUAAAUCAAUGCAGCAAAGGUGCAACAAUUGUGUGUUACAAAUGGAUUGCCUGGCAAACUUCUGAAAAUGAGAAUGCUUGUAGUCGGAUGGUAGUAAUAUGCAGCCUUAGAUUUUUUUAAAAUAAAAGAUAAAUAAUGGCAUCAAUAGUUUGACCUUUCACUGCCUGUGCAGCCCCCAUGCCCGGCUGCAGUAUUGAGUUCUGGGGGAACAUUUCUUGACAGAAGCUGCACUGUCUUGAGAUGGUCUCUUGCGGUGGCUGGAUUCCCUGUCAGAGGGGCACUACUUUGUGUCUCCUGAAACAGCAGUGCGCUCUAAAAGUGACAGUGUGAAUAAGUCUGAAUCUUAACAGAGGUGAGCUUCUGGAUCAGUGGAUUGAAAAGGGAUGGCUAUAUAGGCCUUAAGACAGAAGUAUAUAGUCAGGUAUUCGGGUGUUGCUUCCAUGACUGUUCCUGACAAAACUGAAGCACUGUUCCUUAUGAAUACACUGUUGCUGUCUCAUCCUGCUUUUAAGAGGCAGGGGCCUCUGCAAUCAGACACAUGCACUCAUCUUCAGAAUCCCUUCUGUUCAUGUUUGUUGGCUGAGCCCUGGCACUGUAAACAGGCUGUGGAGGUAAUUUCCAGUGAGCCUUGGCAGAAGCCACCCGUCCUAAUCCAAUCUAAUUUAAGUGCAAUCAACAGGGUUGAUGUCCAGUUGGGCUUCUGGGGUGUGAUACCCAGAUUGGUCUCCUAUCUCUGUCCCUGCCACCUGGUUGCACCCAGUGACUCUUGGCAGGAUCAGUGCCAACCAAAGCAUGUGAUGCAACAUGAACUGGUUUGAUGCAGACUCUGUUAUCCCAUCUGAAUCACUGGGAGUUAAUCAUUUAUGGCUGUCACGGGAUGGGGAGGGACGGGGACCAAAGAUAGGCAAUACCCAGAGAUGCAGUUUCUUUGGAGGUGUGCCAGUAUGAACUCCAUCAGAGCUGACUUAAGCAUGAGAGGGGCAAGGGAGGGGGGACAUCACUCCAUGCGUUCCUCAAAGUCAGAUGUACCCAAGACCCAGCACUGUAUUGCAACUAAUGUUUGUCCUCUUUCUCUCUGCCUGUGGGGCAGAGUGCCAAGGUGUAACCAGAGUGCACAGAAAUGCUCAGCUCUAAUCUCUGAGCCCACUUAAAACUCCUAAAGUAGAAGAGGCUGCCCCCAAACUGGAGGCCCCACCAGCACUACUUGAAUUGUAUAAUAAAUGCAUGUUUCUUGUUCCUUGAGCCACAGAGAUUCUGGGUGGCCAUCAUCACUCCUUCCUUGAUUGUGUUUGUAGUGACUGCUAUUCCCAAAACAGUAAUUUUUAACACUUUGGGGGUUGAGAAACCUAGUAACAUAUAAGAACCCCAAUUGCCUCCCCUUGCUCCCCCAUGUAAAAACUGGUUACUUUCCCCCAAUGCUAAGCUUAAUAUUAAAGUUUACCCUUACAUUCCCAAACCAAAGUGCAGUAACAUUGCCCUGCCUGUAUAUAAACCUAAAUAAAAUCAAGAUUUAUUCUUUC